CUGUCCCUCGCCGCUGGCUCCGCCUCUUACUCUCAUUGCCACACCUAGCCCUGCCAUCUCUGGUGGAUCGAUGCGACCACGCCUUGUGAGCCAUAGCUCCGCCCCCCGCAGGCGUCGCCCCUCCGCUGCGUCAUUGUGUCGGUGUCGUGCUCGGGCGCUCGGUGACAGGAGAAGGACGGAGAAACGCACGUAUAUAUUUGAUUGCCGGCAACAUGGCUGAAACCAGUGGACAUCAAUCUUCUCAUAUAUCUUCAUCAGCAGCAGCAGCAGAGAAGGGCGGGAGCUGUGCAGAACUUCAACCCAAACACCCCAGUCCAGAAUCACCUGGGUCUCCUUUUGAAAUGAUUGCCAACAGCUCACGCUUUGAGUUCAAGGACAUUGAAGACAAAGGAAACCUCUAUGGACUUUCACAAACCUCUGACCAAUCUACAAAAGCGGAUGAAUCAUUUUUGGUUGGAUAUGCACGCCCAGGUGUUUCUAUUACUAAGGAAGAUUCAUUCAUAAACAGGGAUGUUUUCAUGCAUGUCAGAACACAUACAGGGCAAGAGGAUUCGGAGACUGAACAUUUGCCUAUUGAAGUUUCUAAGUUAUCUGACCAUCAAACAGAAUCCGGUCCUCAAGGUUUGAAUAAAGGCAUGGAUGUACUUAACAAAGCUUCAGCAGAAGACAGCUACAUGAAACAAAAUUUAGGAUCUCUGAAAGCAUGUGGAGAAUCAGCAGAGUUUCGUUCUACAAAAAGUGAAGACCAUUCAUAUGACUCCAGGUCUGAUCUCAGGUGGCCAGAUGCUGAUGAAGACCAGGAUAGCUCAGGAGAGUCUGAUGACACAGUUAUAGAUGCUGGUUGGCGAUUCAAAGGUUCAGAGACAGAUCGUAGAGAGCAAACGGAGGAUGGCUGGGUAGAAAUCGGCGAUACACAGCAGGGGAAUGAACGCGAGAGACAAUAUCCGGCAAAGGAAGAGAAUCCUGACAUCCAUUCAGAUCCCCUCUGGUCGGCACAGUACAGCAAGACCCAAAAUUUAUUGUUAACUGGCAGUGGAACCGAUAAACUGAACAGAGCCGCAUCGCAUAUUCCAGACUCUCCUCACAGCGAAGGCUUUGUAGACCUGGCAGAAACUCAUGAUACUGACUCUCAUAGAGGAGCAGUUCUUCAGUCCGAGUCAUUGGAAGACCAAGUGCAGGAAAAUUUAACCAUUGAAGCUCUAAGAGCAUUGGCAGCUGGGGUGCAAGAUUGGAAUUCAGAAAGCCUGGAAUCCUCUCCUGAAAUCUUGUGCCCCCAGUAUGGCAACUUUCAAGGAAUAAAAUCCGCUGACAGACCAGGCCAAGCAGAAUCAUUCACAGGCUCCACUAUUGGUAUUCUGACCUUCAAAGUUCAUGACCUGCUGUUUUGGAGAGAUGUAAAGAAAUCUGGAAUGGUUUUCGGAGCGACGAUGGUGCUGCUCUUGUCAUUGGCAGCCUUCAGCAUAAUUAGUGUAAUUUCCUAUUUCAUUUUGUCCCUGCUGACCGUCACAAUUAGCUUUCGCAUCUACAAAUCUGUCAUGCAAGCCGUCCAGAAGUCUGAGGAGGGUCAUCCUUUCAAGGUUCUACUGGAAAAGGACAUCACUUUGUCCUCCGACAGCUUCCAGAAGAUACUGAAUGCAUCCCUUGUUCACAUCAACCGUGCUGUGAAGUACAUCAUGAGACUCUUUCUUGUGGAGGAUCUUGUAGAUUCAUUGAAGCUUGCCCUUCUUAUGUGGCUGAUGACCUAUGUAGGAGCUGUGUUUAAUGGCAUCACACUUCUAAUCCUCGGGGUCCUGGUUGCCUUCAGUGCCCCUGUUGUUUAUGAGAAAUACAAGGUACAAAUUGAUCACUACGUGUCCCUGGUGCACAGCCAAGUGAAAUCCAUAACUGAGAAGAUUCAGGCCAAGCUGCCAGCGGCAUUGAAGAAGAAAUCAGAGUGAAGAAUCAGGAGGGUGGGUGGGCUGUGGGAGGGUGUCAAAAUAUACACUGGCUACGUAUCUCAUUACUACUCUGUAAAUUGUCUGCCUUUAUGUAGCUCACAGGAACUGUUUGUAUGCAUGUACUUCAUGUAUACACACAUGUAUGCGGCUCCUCUCUGGUACAAAGAGGGUGUCUGUGUCAGCAUUGGCAUGGAUUUUAAGAGUUUCUAUUUGUCGAAAUACUGGAGAGUUGGGUAGGGAUCCAGCAACCCAUUAUUCUCGUUCCUGCACCUUGCACAGUCACCUCUCUUCUGUCACUCACUGGUACUCAUCUGCCCCCUAAGGGUACUGUAGGAACAGCAAGCUGUAUUAGGCCACUUCAGAGUCUUUUCUCCUUUCUCAUGCUCCCCACAUUCAUAUUUCCUCUACAAUUUCCUCAUGUGUUAAUAUUGGUCCUUCCUACCUAUGUCACACUGGUUUCCCUUCACCCACGCACACUCCCUUCUUUUUUUCUAUUUGCUACCUUCAAAGUAAUUAAUCCGAUUUCCAAUCUCUCUGCGCUCUCUCUUCACCUCAUGUCUUCAUACAUACGCUCAGUUUAAUCACUGGUCUGUACCACAUAUUGCCACAUGAAUUAAUAUAUUGGCGUUUCUUACACCACAAAACCUUUGUUUUUAUGUAAUGCACAAUUUAAUUUAUAUAUUUCUCUGUCUAUAUGAAGUGAAAAUUAAUCAAAGAAAUGUUUUGCGUUGCAUAAUAUAAAGCGUCUGCAAGAGUUGCUUAUGUUUUUGGGAAGCAGUUGUCUCCCUAUUCCUCUCCCUGCCCUUGUCAUAUAAUACGGUCCCCACACCCGACUGUAGGAGAGAUGCCAAUUUCCCCAAAGCUUUUUUUUUUUUUUUUUGUCCCUCAGGGAAGCAAAUACGGAAUGUGUUACUGCAUAGGUAAGUUCAUUAAAUGCAGGUCCACAUACUACAAUAACACACAAACAUGUAAAACAAACAAAAGCCCAUAGCAAAUAUUUCCAUGGCCUAAGGCGGACAAGCUACGAUUGACUUGUGGGCUUCAUUGGCACUCUUCGUGUUACAAUGUUGGAAAACAUUUUUUUAAAAUCUGCUUUUUUCAGUCUCUUCAUCAAUUGGGGACAGGGCUAGAAAAGUCACUAAUUCUCCAUGUGCUUCGGCACUUUCUCAGCCCCUGUACACCAACCUGUGCUGUGGUGUUGGAUUGCUAACCAUGUAAAUGGCUGUUGUGUUGGGGGUGUACUUUGAAUUAGACGAUGCAUUAGUCCUGUAACAGGGUGGGUCGUUUUAUUAAUGUGAUUUGUGUUGCACUGAGCUAUCUAACUAUUCACUGUGUAUCAAUGUUGUUUAAGAGAUAAAUGCUUUAUUGUUAUUUUAAGACUGGAGGGUCACAAGCUAAUGAAGUAUUCACUAAUAAGUCUGUAGCUUAUUAGAACAUAAAGAAUGUUUUUAUUUUUGGGGUGUCAGAAACAAAAACUUUUUUUUAAGUUUCUGUGGAACAAAAUUCUAUAUAUAUUGCAAAUACAUGUGGUAUUAUUAAAAGGAGUAGGACACAUA